CAAGAAAGCUCUCAAACUAAACUUGUGAACGGUAUAUAAAAUAUCGCGCCGGCAAGGUCAUUUCAGUUUUGUUAUGAGAUAGUACUGUGGUUCGAGUGUUGUGAGACAACUUGGAAUAAAAUCACACGAGUUCGAAGCGACAAUGAGACUGACAGCGAAGGCAUGUCAAAGCAUUGCAAAAAUGCUGGAUUUCUACUCCCAAUUCAACCCGUCACCCUUAUCCAUAAAGAAAUUUAUAGAUUUCGGCUUGAAUGCCUCCGAGCAAAAAUCGUUCAUUUUCCUACGGAAGGAACUGCCGGUGCGUUUGGCCAACAUCAUGAAAGAGAUCGCCCUUCUGCCUGAAAAUCUCCUGAGAAUGCCGUCAGUGGUCGCCGUCAACGAUUGGUACAUCCGCAGUUUCCAGGAAAUCAUCGAGUUCGAAAAGAAGGAAAUCAACCACGAUACCCUCAACUACUUCUGUGAUAGUUUAGUGAAAAUCCGUAAUCGGCAUGCCGACGUUGUCGAAACGAUGGCUCAGGGAGUCCUCGAAUUGAAGGAAUCGCACGAUGUUGACCAUCAAACCGAGCACAGCAUUCAGUAUUUCUUGGACCGGUUCUAUAUGUCGAGGAUAUCGAUUCGAAUGUUGAUCAAUCAGCACACACUUUUAUUUGGGGGACAAUUGGAGAAUGCACCAGGACCCAACCAAAGCAAAUACAUUGGCUGUAUCGAUCCACAGUGUGAUAUCGUAAGCGUUAUUAAAGACGCCUACGAAAACGCACGCUUUCUGUGUGAUCAAUAUUACUUAGCUUCGCCUGACUUAAUCAUCAACCAAUCGCAACAUAAUGAAUUGCAACAAGAAGGACGAAUUAAUAUAGUCUAUGUCCCCUCACAUCUUUACCACAUGCUGUUCGAGCUGUUCAAGAAUGCAAUGAGAGCGGUUAUGGAGUAUCACGUGUCCAAUGACAAGUAUCCUCCAAUCACGGUCACCAUAGCCAAGGGGAAGGAAGACAUCUCGCUCAAGAUGUCUGACCGAGGCGGGGGCAUCGCCCGUUCCACCACGGAGCACCUGUUCAAAUACAUGUACUCGACAGCCCCCCAGCCCAGCAAAUCGGACGCUCACACAGUCCCAUUGGCGGGUUAUGGGUACGGUUUGCCCAUUUCUAGAUUAUAUGCUCGGUAUUUCCACGGAGACCUAGUUUUGAUGUCGUGUGAAGGCGAUGGGACCGAUGCUGUUAUCUAUCUCAAAGCUUUGUCGAAUGAAGCAAAUGAAUUGCUUCCAAUCUUCAAUAAAACCACAUCGAAGUUUUAUCGAACGAUGGUACAAACUGGUGAUUGGUCCAAUCAGGCUGCUAAUGUGAGUCAGAGGACAAUCAGCACGCACUAUAAGAAACACCAACUGCCGCAGGAAUCAAUGACAGGGGCUAUAUAGCUAGAGGAGUAAUUUUUUAGUUAGUUUUAGGUUGAGUUUAAGGUUAAAAUGCAUGUGUGAUAAAUUUGUUGCAAUUUAGACUGUGAGAAUUAGUCGUUUGUUGCUAAAUUAGGAUGCUUGUAAAGCACGUAUUGCAUGAAUGUUGUGAUGUAUUGAGUUCCCAUGUAAUGGAGAAAAGUAACUUGAGCUGUUAUCUAAUGUUAGGUUAUAUUUUAUUACAGACCGCUGAGUCUCAAAAUAUCAUGUAAAUAAACUAGAAAUUUUAUUAAGUUUGUAAAAAUGUAUAUAACUAUAUACUGAAACAAAUUAUUUUUAAAUUAUGUAUUAUAUUUAUGACUGAAGUUGAUUUCGCUAUUUUGAUUUCGAAAAUGAAGGUGGUUAAAUAAAUAAGUUACUUUUU